CACCAUGCAAUCGAUAGUUUUUUUCUUCAAAAAAAUCCAUCGGUAUUUAAGUUAACUUUGAAGGAAUUUAAAUCGGUGUGAAUUGGAAAAUUGUUUAUACUUAGCUCUGAGAGUAGUUACCACAUCUAAAAGGACCAACGUUACAGUAUGUUUAUGGACCGCCGUUUUAGCAGAGCGCUCUAGCUACUGUCCAUGGUGCUGAAACUAAGGCACGCACCACCCCGGCUACUGAAAUCUUCAAAAUAUUUUUACGGUGCUUAGAUUUACCUUGAUACUGAUGCUGAUGGAGGGUGUAGACUACAACAAAUUAUGAUUGAUGCUGCAGCAUGAUAACUGAUCUAAAAAAAAUACCGGAGUACCCGAAGCCACCUCUUAGAUUGUGGGCUUUGCUAUGUUGUGGGCUUUGCUAUGGUGAUGUCAGAGCAUGGGGGGAGGGGUGAACAAUGACCCAUGAGCGAAAGGUAAGGCAAUAUUACGUAGGCCUGUUCUCGCUGACAAAGGCAAAUGAAGCCAUGUUUUUUUGCUUAUGGAUUUUGGAGUAGGCUAUUCUACAUUUAAAGUUGGAGUAAUGCCGCUUUUGUAAACUGAAGACUGGUGGAAGAGCACUGAGCUCCGGAUUAUGUUUGAUGUCUCUAACGGUCAAUGAAAGAGUUGCGGGGAUAUUGUGGAGGUAGUAUUCAACGCUGAGAAGAAGUUGUUGAAAUAGGAUUCAGGAGGCCCGCCUUACCUACUUGAAAACAACGAAGCAACCAGAGCCAUUCAAUAAUGAACAUGAGUUCAGAGGGCAGCUGCUGAACCAGAGGUGGACGCGAGGAGACAGAAUAAGCAGAUUCUGUGAGACCAAGAGGAGCCUUCGAAUCAAAAUGAGUCAGGACACAGCAGAAACGAGAACCCGGACCCGCUCAAAAGGCAUCAGAGUACCCGUUGAACUCGUGGGAGCAGAGUUAAGCUGCCCCACCCCCGGGUGCGAUGGUUCAGGCCAUGUCAUUGGGAGAUAUUCACGACACAGAAGCAUUCUUGGAUGCCCAAUAGUGAAGAAGAGGAAACUUGUGGAGACAGAGGCAGAAGAGAAUCAACCCGCCCCCAAGAAAAAGACCCUGCCGCUGAAGUUGGCCAUGGACGAGGGCUUCAACACAGCAGACAGUGACGCUGCCAGUGAGGCAGAGCAUAAGGAGGGGGAGGAGUCAGAGGAGGAGGAGCAGAAAGAGAAGGAAAAUAGCAAAAUGCCAAACCCAGCCAUGUCCAUGAAAGCCGAUUGCUCACAGAUGAUACCCGAAGACACCGAAAAAGAGACGUCGGUCGAGUCCGACACCAUAGCUGCACCUGAAGCAGGGACUUCGCAGAAGGACACAGCCACCACAACCCAACAGCAAGCUUCCACAGAGGCAGAAGCAGAGGCAGAGGCAGACAGACACAAAGAGGAGGUGCAAGUAGUGGCAGAGAUACAGGCCGCUGAGGAGGAGGAUGAGGAAGAUGAGGAUACAGUUGAUGCACACAGAACAAUAGAGCAUCCCAUAGGCGACAAUGAAACAGGGAGAGCAGAGAGUGAGGAGAAGCAAAAGGAGGAGGUAGGAGAGGAGGAGGAGGAGGAAGGAGGGGAGGAAGAGAAAGAGGAGGAGAGGCAAUUUGUGAGUCAGGAGAUCUCAGAUCACCAGUAUUCCAGUGGCGACUAUAGCAGGCAUCUGGCAAAAGAGGAGGGAGAUGAGGAAGAAGAGAAGAAGGGUGAGGAAAAGGAG